CCGCUGGCCGGGCCAGCUGAGCAAGGCGUAGCCGCCGUGUGACGUCACCGCCGUCGACGGGGCUUGUUUUGGAGGAAGCGGACGGCGAGGCUAACGUGCUCGGCUAGCACAUUAGCUUGACAGACGGCGAAAGCCAACGUCAACGGCGACACGAAGACCCAGUUGGAGCAACGAGCCGAGUGACAAUUUCGCUGCCGCUGACGGCGCUUACUUCCAGUCGCCGACUGAGUCGCGACGGAUAAAUAGCGGAUGUCCGUGCGGUGUCGAGGCUUCAGAGGGACAUUUUUUGCGACGACGGACACUUAAAAGGAACCGCCGGCCCUAUUUCUUUCCUUCAUUUUUUUUUAAUUUUGGGGCGCUCAUCUGCGCGUUAGCUUAAGCCAGGAACCCAGGUUGAGGACAAGUCCACUCUUGAUAGUUUUGCCACAGGAUCGGCUCACAGCUGAGGCGCAAUGACUUCACGGAAGAAAGUCCUCCUCAAGGUCAUCAUCCUCGGAGACUCUGGAGUCGGGAAGACCUCGUUGAUGAACCAGUACGUGAAUAAGAAGUUCAGCAACCAGUACAAGGCCACGAUAGGUGCAGACUUCUUGACGAAAGAAGUCAUGGUGGAUGACAGGCUGGUCACGAUGCAGAUUUGGGACACGGCGGGUCAGGAGAGGUUCCAGUCUUUAGGCGUGGCGUUUUACCGCGGAGCCGACUGCUGCGUUCUGGUGUUCGACGUGACGGCCCCCAACACCUUCAAGACCCUCGACAGCUGGAGGGACGAGUUCCUGAUCCAAGCCAGCCCCCGAGACCCGGAGAAUUUCCCCUUUGUGGUGCUCGGCAACAAGAUCGACUUGGAGAACAGACAGGUGACCACCAAGCGGGCGCAGGCUUGGUGUCAGAGCAAGAACAACAUCCCUUAUUUUGAAACCAGCGCCAAGGAGGCCAUCAAUGUGGAGCAGGCCUUCCAGACCAUUGCGCGCAACGCUCUCAAACAGGAGACCGAAGUGGAGUUGUACAACGAGUUCCCGGAGCCCAUUAAGCUGGACAGGAACGAGCGAGCCAAGCCUUCGGCGGAGACCUGCAGCUGCUGAGGACCGCCCGGACCUGUAUCACGACGGCCCUCCCGGCGGCCGUCCUUGCCUUGUCAAAAUAGCCUCCCUUCCCAUGACCCGCCGCGUCGACCCCUUAUGCCCCCCCCCACCCCAUUAUCCCACUCACAGAGUACCGACGCGACCAUCAUGCUGCAGCCUCCUCCUCGUGCGCAGGAACCACCCCCUUUUCUAUCAAGUAUCGGUCUCCUAGCCCAAAGAACUCCUUCCGCAUCGUACGCUUAUUCUUGUCAGAUGCCCCCCCCCAACCCCCCCGAGCUUAAAAUGGCAACAGACAUUUUCAGUCGGAUUGAAUAUCGCUGCUCUCGCAAUCGCUUGUUUUACAUUGAGCUCAAACAUCCCGCACGCUUUUUGUGUUUCAUCGCGUCGGUGGAUUGGCGUCAUUUCCUCCGUAGCCGUGGCGGUGGUCGUCUUCGUGUCAUUUGUCGCCGCAACGAGAUUGGAGGUCGGACGAUCACUGAUGUGACAACUGCCGUCAUCUGUUGCCUAUUGAUGAAAACGAAGACCAAUCAAUCGCAAGUCCCGCCAGGUUGUUCCGGUUGAAGUCAUCGCCCAAAGCCCCCCCCCCCCCCCCCCCCAGAGCGACAUGAAACUGGCUGGCGAGUUAGCGCCGUUCCUCUUUUGGACUUUCUCUUGGGACAGUUCUCCCUUCCUGGUGCAACAAAUCAAGACGGCACAUCACUCCCACUUGACAGUAUUGGAGAGGAAGUCAAACAAUGACUCUCCAUCGACGACCCUUUCAAAGAAUCGUUUUGUGGGGAAGUACAGGCAGGCAAACCUCCACACCUUCGUGCGCUCGACAUUUCCUUUUCAGCAGUCAGACGGAAAUGCCUUCUGGAUUCCGAGAGAGUUUACGCUGUUGAAAGCAAAAGUGGGACGGUGGAUGUCGCGGCAUUCGUCAUUGUAUUCGAAGUACGAUAAAGGCCGAGCGAUGUUUCAAAAUGUCUUUCAAGGAAUAAGGCGAAUAAAAUCCUCCAAUUCAGCAAA